AUGGGGAAGUUUGCAUUCUUCCUUGUGCUCUUGGCGCCGGCGCUGGCGCUCAAGGGAAGAUUGCGGAGAAGCGCGAAGGCACAGUGUACCUCUCCGGUUCAUGCAGUGGAUGGAGGUUAUGUCGUGUAUGAGGCCUCCAAGAUGGCUCACAGCUUCAACGUGACUGCGAAAUGCGCAUCGGACUACAAGGGCAUUGCUUCCGUCUCCAGAUGCAAAACUGCUGGCACUCCGUAUUCACUCACGGGCUGUGUGCCAGAGACAUGUGCACCGCCUUCAGACGGGAAGGGGUACGAGCUCAAAGCCUUUUCGAUAGACCGGCCCAGCUUCAGCGUGUCUGUGAAGUGCAGCAGCGGAAUCGGACAUGGCAGGGCCAAGGUGUGCACAAAAGAUGGCGAGCCUUACACGCUCGAGGGCUGCUACAUCGGUCAGUGCACAUCGCCGGUCGGCAAUGCGGCGCAAGGCUAUGUCGUGUACGAAGGUUCCAAGAUGCCGCACAGCUUCCAUGUGACCGCGUCAUGUGCUGCCGGCUACAGAGGCACGGCAUCCGUGUCUGCCUGCAAGGAUGCAGAUGCACCGUACUCUCUCACCGGCUGCGAGCCUGAAGCUUGUACUGAGCCCAGCUCGACGGAGACGGAAGGCUACGAGCUGAAAGUCCAUUCGCUGCAGCGGCCAAGCUUCAGCGUCUCUGUCAGAUGCAAAUCUGGCAUUGGGUUUGGAAAGGCCAAAGAGUGCACAAAGGACGGUGAACCCUACACAGUUGAGGGCUGCUACAUGGGUGAAUGCACAUCACCUGCUAACCUGGCCGAUCAUGGCUAUGUAGUGUACGAAGGCUCCAGAAUGCCUCACACUUUUGAUGUUCGAGCCACUUGUGCCGUCGGCUACAAGGGCACGCCGGAGGUCAAAGCAUGCGACACAACGCAGCAGCCGUACUUGCUCACUGGAUGCAGCGCGGAGAGUUGCGUUGAGCCAAGUGUCGUCGACCAGGCCAACUAUGAAGUCGACAUCCACUCGCUGUCCCGGCCAUUCUUCCGCGUGACUGCCAAAUGCAAGCAUGGCUUUGGAACCGCCAAAGUGAAAGAGUGCCACAAAGAUGGCGACCCAUUCGAGCUCGAAGGCUGUAUGGAUGCUUGUGCCUCGCCCAAGAAAGCUGCGGAGGCUGGCUAUGUGGUGUUCGAGGAAAAGCUGGUGAUGAACGAAUUCUCAGUGUCCGCCAGUUGUGCUGAUGGAUACAAGGGCACCGCGACAGUAGGCAAGUGCGGAGCUGCUAACGAGCCGUACAUCUUGACGGGAUGCUCACCCGUGACAUGUGCUGAGCCAAGUGCUGCAGACAAGGCUGCAUACGCUCUGACAGUACAUUCUGCGGAAAUGCCAUCGUUCAACAUCGUGGCCAACUGCAAGAACGGCGUUGGAACUGCCAAGGCCAGGGCAUGUACCGAAGAUGGACAGCCUUUUGUACUGGAGGGCUGUCCGUCUUUAUGUAUCUCUCCGAAGAAAACCGUCGAGCACGGGUACACGGUGUUGGAGAAGUCCUUGCUGAUGAGCGACUUCGAGGCCCACGCAGUCUGUGCAGAUGGCUACACAGGCGUGGCGGCUGUGGCCAAGUGCGCAGCACCGAACGAGCCGUACUCCCUCAGCGGCUGCUCACCGGCGAAGUGUGCCGAGCCGAGCAAUGCGGCGGCGUAUGACUUGACGGUUUUAUCAGUGGAGGUGCCGUCAUUCAGUGUUGUGGCCAAGUGCAAGAACGGUGUCGGAACUGGAAGGUCCAAGGCCUGUUCCAAAGAAGGAGCGCCUUUUGUACUGGAGGGCUGCCCCUCCAUGUGCAGCUCUCCCAAGCGCACCUCCGAGGAUGGUUACGUCGUGUUUGAGAAGUCCUUGUUGUUUGACGACUUCACUGCGCAUGCAGUCUGUGCGGACGGCUACACCGGCAAAGCCUCUGUCGGUAAGUGCAGCGCAGUGAGUCUUCCGUACACCCUGGGUGGCUGCGCACCAGCAAAAUGCGUGGAACCAACUGGGGCUGAAAUGUUCAAUUACAACAUCGCGGUCAACAGUCUGUACCUGCCAACAUUCAGUGUUACGGCAACGUGCAGAAAUGGAUCUGGUCGUGGCAAGGCUUUGCCAUGUCAAGGCGACAGGCUGCCCUACAAGCUGGAAGGCUGUGAUUAG